GGUUGAAAACAGACAGAGCUGUCUGACUCCAUUUUCACUGACUAUUUCUGAGAGACGCUGGAUCGUCAGCAUGGCAUCUGAAGAGCUUGCUAAGAAGCUGCAGUCGCGACUGGCUGCUGCGGAAGAGGUCGAACAGAGGCCUGAGUCCGAACAGAGUCCGGUUCCAGCCCAGUCCCUGGAGCCCGAUCAUGCCUGUGGAGAAACGCCGUCCGAGCUGGCAACGAAACUGAACCGCAGGCUGGACAUUAAUGACGGAAAUGCUCCUUCUCGGGCGACCCUUGUCUUUAACCCUUACACUGAGUUUAAAGAGUUCUCUCGCAAGCAAAUUAAAGACAUGGAGGCGAUGUUCAAACGGUAUGACACUGGAAAAGAUGGCUUUAUUGACCUGAUGGAAUUGAAGCUGAUGAUGGAGAAGUUGGGAGCUCCACAGACUCAUUUGGGCCUGAAGAACAUGAUCAAAGAAGUGGAUGAGGACUUUGAUGGCAAAUUGAGCUUCAGAGAGUUUUUGCUGAUCUUCCGUAGAGCUGCAGCUGGAGAGUUGCAGGAGGAGAGUGGGUUGAUGGCUCUUGCCAGGCUGUCUGAGAUCAAUGUCUCCACUGAAGGGGUGAUGGGGGCCAAAGACUUCUUUGAAGCCAAGGUGCAGGCUCUGUCUCAGGGCAGCAAGUUUGAGGCUGAGAUUCGAGAAGAAAAAGAAGAACGCAAGAAGCAGGAGGUGGAAAAGAAAGAGCGGCAAGCCGCCUUCAAGCAGCUGCAGUCUGCCUUCUAUUCAUGACCACUCAAUCUCCGCAUCAGCCGGUUUAUGUUAAUGAGAUUUUAAACUUUUUUCCCAAUCCAUUCACACUGUAAGAACAACAUAACUCAGAAUAAGGUUUAAAACAAAAAGAUUAAAGUAAUUACACCGUAGAGUAGUUAAAACUAAACUUCCUAAUAAAUCAUAGGUGAAUUUUACUGAUUUUUUUGCAGUUGUUCAACAAAACUCUCACAUGCAAAAACACAGAUUCAGAUGUGUAGGAUGAUUUGUGAUCUCUUGAAGUUUGUAUAAACCUGAAAGGCUAAAGCUGAAUUUCUAUAAAUUAGUUUGGAAGAUUUUACCCUAAGGAAACUGAGCGAUUUUUGUUCAUUCUGUCUACACUGGGUUCUGCUGCUUGUGAAAUUUUUAACAUUCCGGAUUUUUUAAGAUUUUGUCACAUGAUGUUUUGCCUAAAUGUAUUCAUAAUUUUAGUGUGGAUUUUCCUACCUUAAAAUUUACUGCAGAAAUACAUAAUGGUGUUUUAAAAUAAGAUAAAGCGCUAAAAUUGCUUCCUGUCUUUUACAGAGAGGUAACAAAAUGUAUUUUGCAAUAAUGUGGCAUUAGAAAAUCACUGUCAUUUUUCAUCAUAAGGGGUUGUCUUUAAGACACAUUGUUAUAACUGAUUUCACGUCUUUUCAGCACAGAGAACAUCAUCUUAGAACAGGUGUUAAGAUCUCUAUAUGUUCAAGCUACUUUAACUAAAAAACAUCUUGUUGCUGAAAAAAGGUAGAUGUGCUAUAAAGUGACAACCUUUCUUACUUCUGCUUGAGCCUACUAAAUAAUAGCAAAAUUGUCCCUCUAUGCUGAACAUAAAGGCUCUGUCUCAAGGCAUCAAGUAUGGUGGGGGUAACAAGAAUUUGAUACACUGCCAAUUUUGCAGGUUUUCCCACUUGCAAAGCAUGUAGAAGUCUUUAAUUUUUAUCAUAGGUACUAUUUAACUGUGAGUGACGAAAUCUAAAACAAAAAUCCAGAAAAUCACAAUGUGUGGUUUUUAAUUAAUUUGCAUUUUAUUGCAUGACAUAGGUGUUUGAUCACCUAACAACCAGUAAGAAUCAUGGCUCUCUCAGGCCUGUUCUUCCUGAAGAACCUCUCCUGUUCUCCACUCAUUACCUGGAUUAACUGCACCUGUUUGAACACGUCUGUAUAAAAGACACCUGUCCACACACUCGAUCAAACACACUCCAACCUCUCCACAACGGCCAAGGUCAGAGAGCUGUGUGAGGACAUCAGGGAUAAAAUAGAAGACCUGAACAAGGCUGGGAUGGGCUACAGGAAAAUAGUCAAGUGAGAAUGCAGCAACUGUUGGCUCAAUUAUAACAAAAUAGAAGAAGUUCAAGAUGACGGUCAUUCUCCCUCGAUCUGGGGUGCCAUGCAAAAUCUCACCUCGUGGGGCAUCAAUGAUCAUUCAGAAGGUGAGGGAUCUGCCCAGAACUACACGGCUGGACUGGGUCAAUGAUCUGAAGAGAGCUGGGACCACAGUCUCAAAGAAGACCAUUAGUAACACACUACACCGCCAUGGAUUAAACUUCUGCAGCGCACGCAAGGUCCCCCUGCUCAAGCCAGCGCAUGUCCAGGCCUGUCUGAAGUUUGCAAAUGACUAUCUUGAUGAUCCAGAGGAAUGGCAGAAGGUCAUGUGGUCUGAUGAGACAAAAAUAGAGCUUUUUGGUUUAAACUCCAAUUGCCGUGUUUGGAGGGAGAAGGAUGAGUACAACCCCAAGAACACCAUCCCUACCGUGAAACAUCUUUGGGGAUGCUUUUCUGCAAAGGGGCCAGGGCCAUGUAUCAGAAGAUCUUCGCCAACAACCUCCUUCCCUCAGUGAGGGCAUUGAAGAUGGGUCGUGACUGGGUCUUCCAGCAUGACAAAGACAGGGCAACUAAGUACUGGCUUUGGAAGAAGCAUCUCAAGGUCCUGGAUUGGCCUAGCCAGUCCCCAGACCUGGACCUAAUCAAAAAUAUUUAGAGGUGGCUAAAAGUCCGUGAUUCCCAGCGACAGCCCAAAACCUGAAGGAUCUGGAAAAGAUCUGUAUGGAGGAGUGGUCCAAAAUCCCUGCUGCAGUGUGUGCAAACCUUGUCUAGAACUACAGGAAACAUCUGAUAUCUGUAAUUUCAAACAAAGGUUUCUGUACCAAAUAUUGUUUGCUUUUUCUGAUGUAUCAGAUACUUAUGUCAUACAAUAAAAUGCAAAUGAAUUACUUGAUGCCCCACGAGGUGAGAUUUUGCAUGGCGCCCCAGAUCGAGGGAGAAUGACCGUCAUCUUUAACUUCUUCUAUUUUGUUAUAAUUGAGCCAACAGUUGCUGCAUUCUCACUUGACUAUUUUCCUGUAGCCCAUCCCAGCCUUGUUCAGGUCUUCUAUUUUAUCCCUGAUGUCCUCACACAGCUCUCUGACCUUGGCCGUUGUGGAGAAGUUGGAGUGUGUUUGAUCGAGCGUGUGGACAGGCGUCUUUUAUACAGACGUGUUCAAACAGGUGCAGUUAAUCCAGGUAAUGAGUGGAGAACAGGAGGGGUUCUUCAGGAAGAACAGGCCUGAGAGAGCCAUGAUUCUUACUGGUUGUUAGGUGAUCAAACAUCUAUGUUAUGCAAUAAAAUGCAAAUUAAUUAAAAAUCACACAAUGUUAUUUUGUGGUUUUAUGUUAUAGAUGCCGUCACUCACAGUUGAGAAGUACCUAUGAUAAUAAGACUUCUACAUGCUUUGCAAGUGGGAAAACCUGUAAAAUCAAAUACUCAAUUUAGAUUUGGCCAGAGUUGACACACAGCUAAUUAAGAGUAUCAGAGCAAUGAAAAGCCAGAUCCCUGCAUGUCUUGUUUUAACCAACAGGAAAUCUUUUGGCCUUUUAUCACAGGUCACACUUAUCUCAUUUCAGAGAAUAGAUGUUAGCCAAGUUCCCUUUAGUGUUGUGUUGGUGACGAUGAACUAGCAGGAAACCUGCCAGUCCUUGAGUGGAAUGCAGCUGUUAUUGCUCCUGUGUAUCUGUUGCCAUGAUGUGAUGAACUCUCUGCUGAAAUAAGGUCCAUAUCAGUUUCACAGACAACCUUUUAGACAGAAGAUCUGAAUACGAGCCGUUCUGUGUCCACAGCAGCAAUGUUUAAUGUAACUUUUCGUGUAAAUGAAAAAAGUGGGUUUUUUAAGGUUAAAAUUGUUUUUAUCGUUAUUUUAGUCAUAUGAUGCUAAAUAAAAAAUGGUAAUUGCAAUGUUUAUUUUAGGCAGUUGUAAACAAUAUGUUCUACCCCAUGUGGAAUGAAACCUUAUAACUGAAAUAAAGGUAAUAAAAAGGGAA